UCCCGCGUCGCAGGCCCUGGCCCCGCCCCGGAGCAGCCGGGCCGCCUCCGCUGCACCAUGGCCGGUGGGCCCGGGCGGCUGCUUUCCCUGGCCCUGGGCUGCCUGGCCGCCUUGGCCGCUCUGGCGGAGCAGCAGCAGCUGCGCUUCAAGCCGGCCCCGGCCCCCACCCCCGUGCGGCUCUUCACCGAGUCCGAGCUCGCCAGAUACAGCGGGCAGGAGGAGGGCCAGCCUAUUUACAUGGCCGUGAAGGGAGUAGUAUUUGAUGUCACUUCUGGAAAAGAAUUUUAUGGGAAAGGUGCCCCAUACAACGCCCUCGUUGGGAAGGACUCAACACGAGGCGUUGCAAAGAUGUCACUUGACCCAGAAGACCUCACUCAUGACACAACAGGACUCACGGAAGAAGAGCUAAAAUCCCUGGAUGAUAUCUUCAAUGAUGUUUACAAAGCCAAAUAUCCUAUUGUUGGCUACACUUCUCGAAGAAUUCUGAAUGAGGAUGGCAGCCCCAAUCAGAACUUUAAACCUGAGGAUCAGCCACAUUUCAGCAUUAGAGAUGAAUUUUGAUGAAGGAUUUAGCAUCCUGAAAAUCCUCAGAUGGACAUUGUAGAACACUGUAUGACUGGGAAACAUUGACUGUUUCUAAGGCAGAAGAACAUUUUCUAUGAAUUAUGUAUCUUUUGUAUUUUUGUUAUCCGUCCUCCCGCCCAAAGAGAAUAAUAGCUGAUUACUAGUGUAGUGAAUUCCUUCAAGUAGUGACCCAAAUAAAAUUUAAUCGGUGGCACAUAUUUGUGGAUUGGAGGGAACUAUUUCAAUAAAAUUCUCACUGCCAAUAUCUUGAUUUCUCUUUUUUAAUAUAAAAAGAAAAAUUGGAUAACUAAAGACUCAUUCCCUAAAGGGGAGAAAGUGUCCUUUAAUAGCUGAAUCAUGAGAUUAGGGGUUUUGCCAUUUCUGGGUUCUGUUCCCUGUUCUGCUGCAAACUUGCUGUAUUACGUGAGUCACCUUACUUCACUUCUCCAUGCCUCAGUUUCUCCAUCAGUAAAAUAGGUGUAAUAAGGCUUUUUAUCUCAGAGGAGUGGUUUGGGGCUUAAUAUUCAUCCUCUUUGAUUACAGUGGAUAUAUAAAUGCUGACUUCCUGAAAUGUACUUAAAUGCUGUAUAUUUAUGCAAAGCCCAGUGUUAUAAAACAAAGAAGAUUUUUCUUCUGGGAAAUGUAAUAUUUAAUUACCUUUUGAUUCAAUAUAGGCUACAAUCAAUAGCUCACAGCAGCGCCGCUGCAAGAUCUCUAGUGGAGCUGCUCUACACUGACAGGAAAGAGGUCUCCCAUCGCCUUAAAUAAUCCACCCCCAACAAGCGGCGGCGGCAGCUAUGUUGGCAGGAGAAGCUCAGGGCGGUGGCUUAUUCACACCCCUGAGUGGCAUAAGUUAUACUGACAUAAGUGGUAGUGUAGACAUGGCCUAAAUCACUCUUAUUGCAGUAGUUUUGUCAAAAUAGCACUUUUUUGUAAUACAUUUACAUGGGUUUGUCAUUUAAAAUUUAGGUCAUGAUGGUUCCUUAGUAUCCUCAACUCCUAAUUCCCACAAACCAAGAGAAAUUAUAACCUAGGAUCUAUGGUUAUCAUAAAGUCUUUGUUCACAUAUUGUAAAA